AUGGCUGUGCCUAGUAUCACAGUCUCUUCUCCUAAGACCACCUCCGAAUCUCCCAUGACCCGGGCUGCCACAUCCCCCAUCGAGUGGAAUCACUAUUACUCGGGCGCACGAUUUUCCGAGAACCGAGACAUUACAAUGAACGGACCGCAAGGUGGUGAGUAUGAUAGUGUCUACGAUGUUGAGGAAGAAGGCCUUGACGAAAACUUCGUGUAUGGCCGUCUUUCACCUGUCCCUGCACCUCGGCAGGACACGAGAACACUUUCGGAGAUGAACGGAUACCUUCCCGGAUACCGCUUUGUCGGUAACCGCGAUAUUGAGAUGGAUGAGGCUGAUUUGGAGUACGAGAGCUCGUUUCAUGAGUUCACCUUUGAGCAUCCAUUUCGCCAUGCCGAGGACUUUGAGGGUUUCAGCGGUUGUUGGUGUGAGGAUGACUAUGAGGCUGAUGUCUCUGAGUCCUGUUUCGAGGAGUCCAGUGAAGAGUAUACUGAGUUUGAUGGUUCCUGGGAGGACGAUAAUGUCUCUAACGCUUAUGAAGAUGCCCCCGAGUAUUCCGUUUGCGAGAGUCCCGCCGGCUUUAAAGGUAACGACUCGGGGUACCACGCCAGCACAGAGUAUGAAGAGUCUAUCGAUGACCUCUCUGGGUAUGAGCCUGAGGCUCACUCUUGGUGCAAUACUUCUGGGUUCUACAGUAACGACCGCGAACACAAUGACAUGACUGUUGAAGAGAGAGUCUAUACGGUUCCUCAAAGGCUUGCCAACAUGGAAGACACCAACUGGGGACUUCGAAAGCGUAAGUUUGACGAGUAUGAGGAGGGUCAAAUUGAGGAGAAUGAGUUCUACGAGGAUGAAUCUGACGAUGUCCAAAUCGAGGAACCUUAUCCUGAGGUUGACGAUGACUAUGGUACACCAUCUGAUGAUGAUAUGUGCAUGGAACAUGUCUUGGAGUGUGGGGUUUGCUCUGACCUCGGCUUCAACUCCACUGACGCUCCCCAGGAUCACGAAAAUUCCCUCGAGGCUUAUACUUUUCAGGACGGCGAUGUUGAGUUCGAGGAGUUCCCUCAAAGGCUCCCGACAAUUCCCGAAUUGGAUGAACCUACAAGCCCCUUUCCCCCUGGAUAUGCAGACUACGUGCCUGAGGAUACUUACGUGGACGGAUGCUUUGGGGUUGAGGAUGAGUUUUAUCCUGAUGAAGCUGGCCUACCUGUAGAGGAAGAGGGUGAGGAUUAUAAUGGCCCCUACUUCAACGAUGCUCAGCUUGAUUUGGCGGAGGUAAAGUACACUUUCGUCUGA